GUCGUACUCUGUUGGAUUCUUUCUCUCGCUCAAACUAUAAAUUAUGUCGACAGAAAUGGAGGUCGUAAGUGUUCUUCAGUACCUGGACAACAAAUCCAUAUUGGUCAUUGGAGCUGCUGGGUUCUUAGCAAAGAUUUUUCUGGAGAAGAUAUUAAGGGUGGCACCAAACGUGAAGAAACUCUAUCUCCUUCUACGAGCAACAAAUGAAAAAUCUGCUACACAGAGGUUUAACGACGAGAUUUUGGGGAAGGAUUUGUACAGGGUGGUGAAAGAGAAGUAUGGUGCAAAUCUAUAUCAACUAACAUCAGAGAAAGUCACUGUUGUCAAUGGGGACAUUUGCCGUGAUGAUUUGGGUCUUCAAGACUCCGACUUGGCACAUGAGAUGAUCCACGAAGUUGAUGCCAUUGUUAAUUUAGCGGCAACUACUAAGUUUGAUGAAAGAUAUGAUGUAGCACUUGGGAUCAACACAUCGGGUGCUCUCAGUGUCUUGAACUUUGCCAAGAGAUGUGCAAAGGUUAAGAUUUUUGUUCAUGUAUCAACAGCUUACGUGUGCGGGGAAAAAUCUGGCGUGAUAAUGGAGACACCAUACCGUAUGGGUGAGACUUUGAAUGGGACCACGGGUCUAAACAUCAACCAUGAGAAGAAAUUGGUUCAGGAGAAGCUUGACCAGCUCAGAGCCACCGGAGCUUCUCCUGAAACCAUCACACAAGCCAUGAAGGAUCUCGGACUCACCAGGGCAAAGAUGUAUGGAUGGCCAAACACAUAUGUGUUCACGAAGGCAAUGGGAGAGAUGCUGGUAGGGACAAAAAGGGGAAAUAUAUCACUUGUGUUGCUUCGUCCUUCAAUUAUUACCAGUACAUUCAAAGAACCAUUCCCUGGUUGGACCGAGGGCAUCAGGACCAUCGAUAGUUUAGCUGUUGGAUACGGUAAAGGCAAACUCACCUGCUUUCUUGCUGAUCUUAAUGCUAUUUCCGAUGUGAUGCCUGCGGACAUGGUAGUAAAUUCAAUACUAGUGUCGAUGGCUGCUCAAGCCGGUAAAGAGAAGGAGAUUAUUUAUCAUGUGGGUUCUUCACUUAGAAAUCCGCUAAAAAAUGAAAAAUUUCCUGAAGUUGCAUACCGGUAUUUCAAAACCAACCCAUGGAUCAACAAAGAGGGGAACCCGGUUCGGGUCAAGAAAAUUGAGAUGCUGAGUUCGAUGUCUAGUUUUCACAAGUACAUGACCAUACAUUACUUGAUUUCAUUGAAGGGACUUGAAUUAGUAAACAUGAUACUUUGCAAAUUGUUGGAGAAGAAAUUCAGGGAUUUCCAUAGGAAGAUAUACUUUGUAUUCCGGCUUGUUGAUCUCUAUCAGCCUUAUCUCUUUUUCCAUGGAGUAUUCGAUGAUACAAACACGGAAAAGCUGCAGAAAAUGGUGCCAAAGACAGAAUUAGAAAACGAGAUGUUCUAUUUCGAUCCAAAGAUUAUCAAUUGGGAUGACUAUUUUGUGGAUAUACACAUUCCUGGGCUGGUUAAGUACGUCUUCAAAUGAAGUCAUUUUAUAGUCACUGUGUUACAACGAGUAUAAAUUAUGACAACAUCGUACUCGUCGAUCCGUUUCUAUUCGGUUAUAUAUGUUCAUAACUCAUUAAGUUGGGGUUAUAGACCUGGAUUGUGUUUAUUUAUAAUUUCGGUAUUUGAAUCUGUAUAAUGGAAUUAAAUCUUCAAGCUUUGUAUUAUCCUCUAAAGUUAUCUUCAGUCACUUAUGGUUAUUGCCAAUGUAGAAAAAUCAGACCGGGCUGAA